CACACUCCCAGACACGUUUGUGGGCAACACCUGCCUCCUCCGUCUCUACUCAUUCUACCGCCAGAGCCUAGCAGACGUUCUCCUGAAGGACAGAUUGGACUUAGCUUCCACAGAGCUGAUCCAUGAUCCUCUCUUGAAGGGAUUCCCCCAUGCUGCAGAUACUCCAGAUCUCAUGGAAUUAUUUACGCACGAAUGGAUCCGCAAGUUGCGAGAGGUCAAACGAGAGGAGAAGGUUAGCAGCACGGGUGGUAUAUUGGCUAAAAGUAUGACCUGUUUCACCUUUGGGUUGUCU